AUGGAUUUCUCCAAGCUCCCCAAAAUAUGUGAUGAAGAUAAAGAAAGCACAUUUGGUUAUGUGCAUGGGGUCUCAGGACCUGUGGUUACAGCCUGUGACAUGGCAGGUGCAGCCAUGUAUGAACUGGUGAGAGUGGGCCACAGCGAGUUGGUUGGAGAGAUUAUCCGAUUAGAGGGUGACAUGGCUACCAUCCAGGUGUAUGAAGAAACUUCUGGUGUGUCUGUUGGAGACCCUGUACUCCGCACUGGUAAACCCCUCUCAGUUGAACUUGGUCCGGGCAUUAUGGGAGCCAUUUUUGAUGGUAUUCAGAGACCUUUGUCAGAUAUCAGCAGUCAGACUCAAAGUAUUUACAUUCCCAGAGGAGUAAAUGUGUCUGCUCUUAGCAGAGAUGUCAAAUGGGAUUUCACACCUUGCAAAAACCUACGGGUUGGUAGUCACAUCACUGGUGGAGAUAUUUAUGGAAUUGUCAAUGAGAACUCUCUCAUCAAACACAAAAUCAUGUUGCCUCCACGAAACAGAGGAACUGUCACCUACAUUGCUCCACCUGGAAAUUACGAUACCUCUGAUGUUGUGUUGGAGCUUGAAUUUGAAGGUAUAAAGGAGAAGUUCAGCAUGGUCCAAGUAUGGCCUGUACGUCAGGUUCGGCCUGUCACUGAGAAGUUGCCAGCUAAUCAUCCUCUGUUGACUGGCCAGAGAGUCCUUGAUGCCCUUUUUCCAUGUGUACAGGGAGGAACUACUGCAAUCCCUGGGGCUUUUGGCUGUGGGAAGACAGUGAUAUCACAGUCUCUAUCCAAGUAUUCCAACAGUGAUGUGAUCAUCUACGUAGGAUGUGGUGAGAGAGGAAACGAGAUGUCUGAAGUCCUUCGGGACUUCCCAGAGCUCACGAUGGAAGUCGAUGGUAAGGUAGAGUCAAUUAUGAAGAGAACAGCAUUGGUAGCCAAUACAUCCAAUAUGCCUGUGGCUGCUAGAGAAGCCUCUAUUUAUACUGGAAUCACACUGUCAGAAUAUUUCCGUGACAUGGGCUAUCAUGUCAGUAUGAUGGCUGACUCCACCUCUCGAUGGGCUGAGGCUCUUAGAGAAAUCUCUGGUCGUUUAGCUGAAAUGCCUGCAGAUAGUGGAUAUCCUGCAUAUCUUGGUGCCCGUUUGGCCUCUUUCUAUGAGCGAGCCGGCAGAGUGAAGUGUCUUGGAAAUCCUGAGAGAGAAGGGAGUGUCAGCAUUGUAGGAGCAGUUUCUCCACCUGGUGGUGACUUUUCUGAUCCAGUUACAUCUGCUACUCUUGGUAUUGUUCAGGUGUUCUGGGGCUUAGAUAAGAAACUAGCUCAACGUAAGCAUUUUCCUUCUGUCAAUUGGCUGAUCAGCUACAGCAAGUACAUGCGUGCCUUGGAUGAGUACUAUGACAAACACUUCACAGAGUUCGUUCCUCUGAGGACCAAAGCUAAGGAGAUUCUUCAGGAAGAAGAAGACUUGGCAGAAAUUGUACAGCUGGUGGGAAAGGCUUCUCUAGCAGAAACGGAUAAAAUCACUCUGGAGGUAGCAAAACUUAUCAAAGAUGAUUUCCUUCAACAAAAUGGAUAUACUCCUUAUGACAGGUUCUGCCCAUUCUACAAGACAGUGGGAAUGCUGUCCAACAUGAUCGCAUUUUAUGAUAUGGCCCGCAGAGCUGUUGAAACCACUGCCCAGAGUGACAAUAAAAUCACAUGGUCGAUUAUCCAUGAGCACAUGGGGGAGAUCCUCUAUAAGCUUUCCUCCAUGAAAUUCAAGGAUCCAGUGAAAGAUGGUGAGGCGAAGAUCAAGGCCGACUAUGCACAACUUCUUGAAGAUAUGCAGAAUGCAUUCCGUAGCCUUGAAGAUUAG